AUGCAACGUCCACCCAAACGACCACCCUCAUCAGCAACCACCACUUACGAACACAACUACACCAAUGAUGAUGGUCUCUUCCAAACCUAUUCGCCCAGUCUGAGCUUCCAAGAGGAAAGUGAUACUUCCCGACGAGUCGAGUUCAGACUUAGUAACCAUUCUCCAGAUCACUAUGUAUAUCCAUCAUCAUCAUACUCCCAACAACCUAUUUAUUCUGCUGAGAGCAUCCAGCAAAGUUAUUGGAAAGAUGAUCACGUCUCUAAAAGUUACUAUGAUAUGACUCUAUCUCAACCUCCCUAUAGCAGAGGUCAACCUCAGGAUAUCCCUUAUGAUCAGUCGUAUCAACAAGACAGGCACACUUAUCAACAGCCAGAUGAAUUGGGAUCUCAAGAUCAGCAAUACGAUGACUACUCACAACGGGAAUAUCCUCAUGAACAUAAUCAACAUCCUCAAACGGAUCACACAUACAAUGAGACCCAUUUCAACCAAGCUCAACUUCCCUUUGAUUCUCCUAGAGAAAGUCCUCAGAUCGAAGCAUACGAUCUCCCUCACCGAACUGCCAAGCGAUUUGAGAUCUCCACUACGCAGGUAGUUGAUCCGGAGGUAUUUCUCAGCCAAGAAGGUGGAGUAGCUUCUGACGGGAAUAUAUCUGGGAUGUUGGAUAGGUGGAAUGGAGUGAGUGAUAAUGCUCAGCAGCUAGAUGGACUAGGAGGGGAGGUGGAAGAUAGGGAGAUCAUGGAUAGUCAGGAAGGCGGAGGGAAGAGGAAGUCACCUAGAGUCCUUGUCGUCCAUGCGCCUGACCAUGAUGAUCUCGCAGCUGCAUGGUACGAUCCAGUGAAAAGGAAGAUCGAAGUGCUGGAGGAUACCAAAGACACUUCGGGAUGGGAUUUGGCUAUGUUAGUGAUUGAACAGGUUCAACCUGAUCAGAUCGUGAUGAGUAGCAGAACGGCUCAAUCGUUGACUGAUAAGAUUGCUGCAUGGGACGAAGAGAACCCACUCGAAAGGUCUGAUUCUGACGUCGCUUCAACUCGAUUGAGCAUACUUUCGUAUAAACAAUGCAAACACUCUGCUGCUAUAGCUACACUGGCCUGUGUUAGACUUCCCAAUCAAUCUUCUAUUGUUCAAUCUACUCGACCUCUGGCUUCUUCCGCAUCCACAAAUACAACCUCGGACCAGCCUGUGGCAAAUUAUGGGUACGAGAAUAAUGAUGCCCAAGAGUAUAGACUCGGUCUAACCAAACUUGGUUGUUGGGUCAAUAUCGAUGCCCCUUUGGCUGUCGUCGCUACUGGUAUACUCAUCAAUCAAGUCAAGCAAAGUGCUAUGGCAGAAGACAAUAAUUCAGAAGCAGUUGGGCGACAUUAUUUCGAGUUGAAUAGCUUGGAGAGCAUGGAGUUGGAGCAGCACUUACAAAUUAACAAAGACGCGCUGACCUCACUCGCGAUCUUCGAUGUGGAAGCUCAUGCAUAUAUGCACGCAAGGAAUCACAAACAAGCUCUCUCAGUGUUUGGCUUACUUGACACAUGCGUAACUCCACUCGGCAAGAAGCUCUUCCACACCUGGCAUCUCCGACCUUUAGCAAGUCUGAGCCAAAUCGAAGCUCGACAUGAGGCCAUCUCCAUGUUCACCGCCAAUCACAACUCCCCUAUCACCGAUACGCUGAUCAGAACACUGAGAAAAAUCAAGAACAUACCUUACAUAUUACACAAGAUGAGGAAUGGGACAGCAAAAUUUAUGGAUUGGCGUCAUUUAAUCGAAUCUUUCGAAGCCAUAGUAGAAGUGAGAACAAAUCUUAUCGGUCUACCUUGGCCUAAACGGGUGGAAAUCAUUCGAAAGGCCCGAGGCAAUAUUUCUUUGGAAAUUGAGACCUUAAGGGCGACGGUCAAUCAAUGUAUUGAUUGGGACACCUCGAGAGCCCAAAGUCGUAUGGCGGUCAAAGUCGGCGUCAGCGUUGAGCUCGAUGAGAUGAAGGAAGUAUAUGCUAAACUGGAUGGAUUUCUGUCUGAAGUGGCACGUAUGAUACAUGGGGAGAUCCCUUCAGGAACCGCUAGAGACUUCAAUGUCAUCUAUCUCCCACAAAUUGGGUUUCAUGCUGUUAUACACACGGAAGAGGAAUCGUCACCACCCAAGAUAUUAGACUGGGAAGCUCGAUUCAGCACUACCGACAAGCAUUAUUACAAGAAUCAACACAUGCGUGAUCUCGACGCCCAUUAUGGAGAUAUCUAUGUGGCCAUGACCAAUUUGGAAAUCGACAUUGUACAAGACCUUACGGAAAAAUUGCAAGAGCGAGAACCGAUGAUCUUAGCUGCCGGUGAUGUAAUCUCAGAAUUGGAUUGCUUAUUGGCACUUGCUAAAGCAGUCCAUCAAUUUGAUCUCCGUCGACCGCAUAUGACCAACGAUAAUUCCCUCAAGAUCAAGGGUGGACGACAUAUCCUCUACGAUCAGGUCUGUCAUACAUAUGUACCUAAUGAUAUAAUCUUAGCAGGCGGCAAAUAUGGUGACAAUCAUAAUAUGAUGAUAGUCACUGGUGCAAACGGUUCCGGGAAAUCAGCGUAUGGUAAACAAGUUGCCCUGAUCGUAUUCAUGGCUCAAAUGGGAAGCUUUGUUCCUGCCGAACAAGCUGAGAUAGGGAUCUGCGAUAAAAUAUUCACUCGUUUACAGACCAAAGAAUCCUCCUCCAAGCACGCUUCGGCUUUCAUGAUUGACCUGACUCAGGUUUCGCAAGCUCUGCGAGGAGCUACUGAGAAAUCGCUUAUUAUCCUUGAUGAAUUUGGUAAAGGUACUAUCACUUGGGACGGAGCUGGUCUGUUGGCCGGUGUUAUCGACUAUCUUCAAGCUGGGCCUUGUCCAAAGACAGUCGUUCUUACGCACUUCCACGAAUUGAUCACUCAACGUUUCAUCAAGGAAGACUUCGGAGUGCUCUUCGCUCAUAUGAAGACGAUCAUGGGCGCUGCUAAUGAGUUGCAUUUCCUCUUCAAGUUGGCACCUGGAUCGAGCCAUACUUCCUACGCUGCCGAAUGCGCUUUGCAACACAACAUCCCAAAGGAAAUAGUGGACCGAGCUAUUUUUGUGACCGAAUGCGUAUCGAAAUUCGAACUUCACAAGAUCCAAAAUACCCAUAUCACUCGUACUGAAGAGGCUGAAUUAAAAGCCAAUGAAGUGUUAGCUGCCAGAUUUUUGGGAUGGGCAAUCGAUCCAGAUAUCGAAAAUGUCCGAACGAAAGUGGAGGAUAUGCUUGAAGAGACGGACGUUAGUCUUUUCGCUACUGAUGCUACGACCGAUAACCGCGUCGGGAACGGACAUGAUAAUGGUGCGGAAGAGACUGCAAGAUUGGAAGAUCGAGAAAGGAGAGAUGACCAAGAGGUGGAUGAGUUGGAUAGCGAUAACGAUAUGGCAUAUAGUGCUGAGACUGAUUAA